GCUAUUUCAGAAGCAGCACGUGUUACACGUCAACUCUAGCAUAUAAACCCAUUGCAGUAGCAUCACACUGGGUAUAACUGCUGACAAUGGAGAAGGAUCCGAUAACCCUGCUGCUUCUUUUGCUGAUUUGUCACUCGUGCUACAGCCAGGUGGCAGAUCCAUGUAAGGACUUCAAAGAACUUGACAACAUCGAGUCUCGAAGCCCCAGCACGCCAGGAUAUCCUCUCCUCAUCGAUGACAGCAAGCUGACCCCGGGCUGGUAUGGGGCCCCAGGGAAGUGGGAGCUGCUCAGCCAGGACCCUGGAAACUCCAAUAUGUGUGGAACCCAAAUCCCGAUUUACAGACAGAGUGAAAACAAUGGCACGUCUAUGGUGUGUAAUAGAGUUAGGGUGAGGGCGUGUUACAGGCCACAUACAAUCGAGACGAGGAUGUGUAACGGUAAAGAGAUAUACUAUCUCUCCACGCCCCACAGAAGAGCAGGAUUUUGCUUUUUCAACAAUGAUCCCUGCGGUAUUCUGAGACCGUGUGCUAAUGGAGGCACAUGCACACAGAGAGGAACCGGAUACAGCUGCGCCUGUCGGCCUAAUUUCUCGGGUGUGAACUGUACAGUCUGCAAUAACAGGAUGCUAGACAUCCUGUUUAUUGAAGAUGUGUCGCUCUCCAUCGGCAAAACCCGCUUUGACGAAAUGAAACGAUUUCAAGAGAGUAUGCUAAACUCUACCACCAUAAGCCCUAGAGGUGAUCAAGUUGCAUUGAUGGUGUUUUCUUCAAAGGCUAGAGUAGUAUUCAAACUCAAUAAAUAUAGCAACAGCAAGUCGGAUGUUCUGGAAGCUAUCAAGCAGCAGACAUACGAAGACGGUCCCUCUUCGAGCUUCAGCGAUGCCAUCAAGCUGGCGGCUUCGAGGCAAGUUUUCAGCUAUUCUUAUGGCGACCGCUUUAUGGCUGCCAACAAGGUCGUCAUGUUUACCGAUGGGUACACCACAAGCGAGGACCGGGAGGCCAUUGCUGCCAGUAUUGGUGAUCUGAAAUCCAAAGCUGAGGUAUUUGUUGUUGCUAUCUCGACAGUGGAUGCCAAUUCCACAGUCAACGUGAUUGCGUCGAAACCUUCCAACGUCUUCCAGAUUGACUCCCCUAAUGCAGUCAGUGCUAUCCAACAGAGGAUGAAGGCUUGUCUCACAAUGUUCAAAUAGCUGGACUAAAUGUUAUUUCGUGUCCAAUAAAUGGUCUGCAUAUGA